AAACCUACUAUUCAGCAACCUAUCAUUUCGACCUAUUGUUAACACGCACAUCCUUCUAUGGAACGGAUAUGACGUAUGCUACGAUUCAAAUCUCAGAAGAAGAAGGGCGCGACUGGAGAAGUCGGUAACAACUACAUCACUUUUGUUAUCCACUGUGGGCAGUCAGCAAUGGCAUCCAAAGGUGUGAAAGACUCGCUCGUCAAUAAGUUUGGAAUCAGGUCACAUGGCUCUGUCGCCAAGAGUGAGAUGGAGUUGGAACGGGUCAGGAAAGAAAAUGCCCACCUCAAGAAGAAGCUUGAUGAACUGAAGUGUCAUGUGAAAUCACCAGACUCUGAAAGACCCAAGCUGCUGGAGGUAGUAGCAUCAUUGCAAGCUCAAUUGACACAACAAAAACAGGCAGUAGAGCAGAAGGAUGAAUUGCUUCAGAGCAUGUCAAAGGAGAUGGAAAGCCUGAAAUCCAUGAACCAACAAGCAACUGUUGGAGGUCUGUCCGUGGUGCAGGACCAGCUGAGAGAUGCUCUUGAGAAGAACCGGCAUUGGUUGGUGUACGACCAGCAGCGAGAAGCCUACGUCCAGUCUGUUGUUGCACGUUCUCUGGAGUUGGAGAAGCAGUUGGCAAAUGUGAAACUGCAGCAAGAAAAAAAUGAGACCAGUUUAGAUGCAACAGGUUCCGACAAAGAAGCUCAACUGCAAGUGGACUAUAAACAAUUGAUUUUGGAAGUGCAGAGCCAGAAAGACCAGGUUAGCCGAACACAAGAUGAACUCAUCCAGCAGAAGGCACAGACUAGUCAAACUCAAGCGGAGCUUCAGUCUCAAAGAGAGCAGGUCAUCAGGCUGCAAGGGGAGCUGAUGGUUCAAAAGAAAGUGUAUGAGGACAAGUGUGGCGAGUUGUCCAGUUUCUCUGAUAAAUACAUGGAGAAGUGCAGCGAGCUGGAGAAGGUUAAAUUCCAUCUGCAAAAAGUGCAACAAGAUGACAGAAACAUACGGUUUGUGGAGAGAUGGGAUUCGGAGCAAGAAGUUAGGAUGAAAGAGGAUUUGGAGAGAAUUAACAUGCUAUUGGAAGUCGAAAGAAAAAAAUCCACUGGACUUUUGCAGCAGGUGAAAAUGCUUCAGGAGUCUCUUCUCUCCCAGGUGGACCAACAAAGACAAAUGGCCUCACUUGAGCAACAGGUCUUGCUGUCCACCAAGGACUUUGAAAGUGAGAAGGCCAAUCGUCAGUGUAUCCAUGAGGAGUUGCAUAAAGUGCUUAAGGAGUUACGCAAGGCACGUGAUGACAUCUCUCAUCUGGACCAUGCAAAAAAGGAAAAGAUCUGUUUCUCCAAGCCAAGUUCUCACAACAAGCAUCAGCAUGUCAUUGAUGACAUGAGGUCUUGCUCCAGAGUUACCGACCUGCUUGAUGAGAGUUUCCUGGAGUGCCCCAACUGUCAGUCGACAUACCCUGCGAGCCGCUACAGAGAGCUUCUAGCUCACAUCGAAUUGUGUGUUUCUUGAGCUGGCCGGUUGCCUGAACCCUUGACACUCCUUCAGAGGAAAUGUUUCUUCUGUUUCUAAAUCAUUGUUUUUUUAUUUUUUAUUUUUUCUUAUUUGGCAUUAACUGCAUUUGAAGGAAGCAGUAAAAUGUAUUUUAUCUGUCACAAGAUCAUGGUUAAACUUUGCAGCUGGUUUAUGGAGAACUUUAUCAUCUAGUAGUAUUUAUACCUUUUUUUAUUCUUGUGUGCCUAGAAAUGUUAUUUAUUUGUAGCUGUUCUUUUCAACUCAAACUUCAGACCUGAUCUCUGACAGAAGUCUUUCUACAAUUAUCAGAGCUUUUUAGACAGUACUUUUGGAUGGUGAAAUAAAAUCUUUAAAUUCUAAGUGCCAUAUUUGCUGUUAUUGAUGUGAUUGUUGUGAUCAUGAAAUCACGUGUUACCAGUUUUUUUGCCCCCCCCCCACCACCUUGACAUUUAAAGUCUGACUCUGUAAAUCUGGAAUGCGAUUGCUUGAGGUAAUUCCUUGUACUCAACUAUUUAAAGCAGCAGAUUAGUGAUGGACCUCUUGGUAGGGGAAUAGAGGUUAAUGUGUCUUUAUUCCUGCUGGCUCUGCAAUGUGACCAGCUAGACUUAUGUCAGUUAUACAUGCGGUGGAAUUUGUGGCUUUAUGAAUAUGGAAUUUAUUUUUCACUUCUUUGUUGUAAUGAAAUAUGCAAUAAAGGCAUUUUUCUUGUGUU